CACAGAGAAGAGAGUAGAGCUCCCUUGGAGCUUGUGAUUUGGAUGAUGACCCAAAACAAGGGAUAGAUAUGACUAUAUGGCAGCCUAUGAAGGCAGAGCACUGGGGAAACUGGUAAACAAGGAAGGAGAGGUGGCAGUAAAGGAAGGAGAUGGCUUAGAGCCCAGGCAGGACAAUGUCACUGUGUUUCCUACACAGCUUCCCAAACCAGCCAUUCGGGCAACUGACUCUUUUGAGAACCAUGAGAACACAGUGCGCCCUCAAGCUUCUCUUCAGUUCCAGGGAUUCCAAGAGCUUAUCAAAAUCCCCCCAGAUGAUUCAUCCACUGAUGUAUACAACUUUAACUUUUUGUUGUCAAAUGUGAAUAAAGACAACCAUGAAGACCAUACCCAAAAAACCAUCUCAAGCUACAGCCCCUCACAGUUCAGUUGCCUGGGCUUGAUGCAGGAUCAAAUGAUGUGUAAAACAACCAACUCCUAUCAGAUGACACAAGUAAGAAGCAUCCAGGCAGAGGAUGGAACCUGCAGCAAAUGGAAAGAAAUUAGAAAACCAUAUGUAGUGAAAAGAAUGCCAAUUCGGAAAGCACCUCAAGCCACUCCAGAUCCAGUGCCUGAGAGAAAAAGAACAGCUCCUAUUAACCCUGCAUACACAAUUCGCAAGUCAAGAGUUGCUAGCAGUGUCCACACAAGACCAUACAGGGAUAGGGUGAUUCACUUAUUGGCAUUGAAGGACUACAAGAAACCUGAACUGCUUGCUCGGCUUCAGAAAGACGGCAUCACCAAAAAUGAAAUGAACUCCCUUGGAGAAAUUCUGCACCAAGUAGCCAACCUGAAUACUCAGAGUUUUUCAUAUACCUUAAAGGACUGUGUUUUUAAGGAGCUCCAAAAAGACUGGCCGGGAUAUAAUGAGUUAGAGAGGCAGUCAUUGGAGUUGGUGCUUUCCAGAGGAGUAGAUGCAUUUCAGAACGCGACGGGUACCAAUUCCACAGAAUCUUCUGUAGGUUCCAGUACAGCUGGAACAUCCCAGGAACAGCUUUCCAGUGCAGGUGUUGUUAAUUUGUUGAGGAGAAAAGUUAGAAUAUCUCGCCUGACAACUGCAAUACGGUCAACACCAAAUGGCCGUUUGAAUAACACCAGAGCAAAAUCUGCUGUAGGGCUCUCGGGCCAUUCUGAGGCUAUUGCCCACUCCACCCGUCUUCCGCGGCCCACAGCCCGCUUUCCCUCCUCACAUCCUCCUCAGCCUGCAUGCUCCAGCAGCAAUUCCUGUGGCAAUGCAGAAGGACCUGGGGCUCCAGGUUCACGUGUUGCCAGCUUUAGUCAAAAUAGAAAAAUCUUUGUGAACCAGUGGCGUAAACAUCCUCCCUUGAAAAUUUUACCCUCUAUUUCAGUUCAAGCGAUGUAUCCAGAGCCUGUGGAGAAAAAACCUUUGAUGUCUGAUAAGAAGUCUGAAUAUACAUUUGUGGAACAUGAAGCAAAGAACCGAGAGUACAAUGUUGAGAUGAUGGGGAGACAGAAGACAGAUCCAGAAAGACAAGGUGAAAGUGCAAAGCCAAACUCAAACGAAGUUAAAGAGGUUUGCACUGCUUCUGGGAAGACUGGUGGUGCAGCCUCCGGGCUCCCAGAUUAUUUGGCUAACUAUGUCACUAUAGUUUCCUCUGAGCAACGUCAGCAGUAUGAGCAGGAAUUUAGAGCAGAAUAUGAUGAAUAUCAGAGCUUGUAUGCCAAGAUGCUGACUUUAGCUAGAAUAUUUAUUAACCUUGAUUCAAAGAGGAAGCACCUUUCUCCAGAUUCAAAAGAAUAUCAGGAUAUUAAUAAAAUAAUCUCUCUAGAAUAUCAGAAGAUGAGACAGAUUAAUCCCAAUUAUUGUGCGGAAAAACAUAGAUGCCAGUAUCUUUAUAACAAGCUGGUUCACAUUAAAAGAUUAAUAAAUGAUUAUGACCAGCAGCGUGUAAAAUCAUAGCACUGGAACAGAGCUAGGAUCGGAAUAAAUAAAUAUGAGCUUACUUAUUUAACAUGCUGAAUUGCUUGCUCUAGGAUUCUAAAGGGAUAAAACCACUUUGUUGAAACAGUAUUACCAUUUUAAGUUUUCUUCCUUUUUAUGUUCCUUUUGAUUUUAGUUUUCAUUUUUGAUUUUUUUGUUUAUUUGAUUUUAUGUUGACUUAUGUUUAUUUUAAUUUUAUGUUAUUUUCAUUUUUCUUUAUUUACUUUUCACUUCCUUUUACUUUGCUUUGUCUGUACCUUCAAAGCUGUUUCAUCUGAUCCCUUUUACACAUAAAAUGUGUGU